AUGUCCCUUUGGAUUCUUGACGCGAUCGCACUUCUCCCUACAAAAUGGCAGAACUGGAUACUGCCGCCAUCGAACAUCCCAACUGUCCAAAAUGCCCCAUUUAAGGUUCAGCUGGGCCGUAUUGCGCACGUAUAUUUUGAGCACCAUGAUCUGGAAGCAUUCAGCAGGUUUGCUCAGGAUUUUGGCUUCAUAGAGGCCCAGCGCAAGGGGAAAACCAUCUACUACCGCGGAUAUGGGAGAGACCCUUACAUCUAUGUGGCUCAUCAGAGCUCUACACGAAGAUCACGGUUCUUGGGGGCUGCUUUUAUCGCCCAAGACUUGGAGAAUUUCAACAAGGCCGCAGAGUUGCCAGGAGCUACACGCAAGACAUUGAAUGAUACCCCCGGUGGCGGCGAGAUGAUCACGUUUGCGCGCCCCAAUGGAACAUACUUUCACGUGGUAUACGGUCAGACGGAACGUGAGUUGGACAAAAAUGUUGUCCCAACGGCCACACACGACUCUCAGGGUCCGUUCAAUACACCCUUUGAAAAGCCGCGAAAAGGGCAGUUCCAGAGAUAUCAUGAUGGCCCCGCUCUGGUGCACAAACUAGGUCAUUACGGAUAUGUGUGCAAGGAAUUCGAAUCAGAGCUGGACUUCUACACCAGUAACUUCAAUUUUGUCCAUUCCGACAUCUUAUACCACCCCCAAUUUUCUCAAGUGGAUGUCAUGACGUUCAUGCAUCUGGACUUGGGCGAGGAGUAUACAGACCACCACACGCUCUUUCUGCAGCGUGCUUUGCCAACAGUUCGUGAAACGUAUGUCCACCACACUUCAUUCGAGGUUGCGGAUUUUGAUACACAGUUGAUGGGCCAUCACUAUCUUGCCAAAAAGGGCUGGAAAAGUGUCUGGGGGGUUGGAAGGCAUAUCCUGGGGAGCCAGAUCUUCGAUUACUGGUAUGACAGCUCCAAGUUUAAGAUUGAACAUUAUGCCGAUGGAGAUGUGGUGAAUCGAAAGAAUCCGACUCGCAGAGAACCGGUUGGGCCACUGUCUGUAUGGGGUCCCGACUUGCCUAAGGAUUUUGGCGACAACAAAGCGAGCUAG